UAAGCUCCGCCCCCUGCGCUCCGGACGGCGCGAAAACCCAAUUGACAAGAAUUCCCUGGGAAGCCCGCGGGUUGGGUCUACGUUUGGCCUGGUUUUCCCUCCGAGGUCCUGGGCCCGACGUCGGAAUUGGAGUGUCCUCGUUGGAGGUACCCCCCACCGACCGCGCUACAGGGUCCUCUUCGCGCUUUCUCACCACCUCUUCCCGCGUUCGAGUCAGCUGAGCUCUCGGCCCAGCCUUUGCGACCACCCGGGCGGUGGACGCGGGGGGUUCCAGGCAGACCCCGCGGCCCAGCUUCUUGCUCCCGUUGGAGCAGGCUGCCUCCAUGGCCUCCAGACAGGUCGGACCGGGCUGCGUAAGGUCCUAGGAGCUGGGAUUCCGGGAAGCAGGGAGCAUGGUGGGGUCCUGGCCAUGGCGGCUGCAGCUGCCACCCCUCCGGUGAGGGAUUACGAGAUUGAGGCAUGCAAGAAGCGAAGGAAAGAUGAUGACAGAACUUCUUGUAAAACAAUUACAAAAUAUUUAUCACCAGUCAGGAAAACUGGAGACAGGGUUUUCUCUCCACCAAAAUCCAGUAACAUUCUGGAUUAUUUUAGAAAGACUUCACCCACAAAUGAGAAGACCCAGACAGCAAAAAAGUACAAGAUAAAGUCAUCCACACCAUUGCCUGCUGACCGUGGCAAAGCCUGUAAAACACCUUUGGAAAUGUCCUCAAAUACAGAGUGUAAGAAGAGAGGAAAGAGGCUUAAUUUAUCUCCUCAACUAAAUAGUAUGAAACCUGAAAAUGAAUCUCCAGUUGAAAUUAAUAGCAAUGAUAGCAAAGAAGACGCCAGUUUAAAUAACGAUUUUGUGGAAAGUCGUAGUUCUGCUUUACUCUAUAAGAAACAUGUAAAGGUACUUGAAGAAAGAAUUCAAGAUCUCCAAAAACAAUCAAACACUUUUACCUCCAAAAAAAGUUGUAGGAAAGUGAAUCCUGAACAAAAGCCCUCAAAAAAUGAUUGUAGAAAAUUGAGAAAAAGGAAGCACAGAGAUGUAAUCGAUCUAUACGAAAGUUUACCCUUGGCAGAGGAACGAAAUCUCCUUAAAAGCGACGGUAGAGGUAGUAAACAGGUGAUGCCUUCUCUAACCAAUGAAAUCCAAAGUACUGCAAAUGAUGUGGCCUCCAGAGACAAUAUAACUAAAACAGCCCAGUUAAAUGAUAGUAUAAUAACUGUUUCGUACGAGGAAUUUUUAAAAAGUCACGAGGAAAAUCAAGUGGAACAGACACCAGACUCUACAGUGUCAAUGUGUGUUCCUUCUGAAGCUGCUGAAGAUAUCAUCACAAGUGGUAUGAGUGACACAGAAACCUAUGAAAUUUCCCAACAGAUAGGCUGUAAGACAGUCACUGUUCUUGCGCAAGUCCACCCCAUUCCCCCCAAAAAGUCAGGGAAAAUACCCUCAAUUUUCUUGAAACAAAAGCAGGUGGAAGUGGAAAGUAGUCUGUCUGAUCCAGAGAAUGAACAGACAAUUCAGAAAAGAAAAUCGAAUGUUGUUAUCCAUGAGGAAGAAUUGGAAUUGGCAGUGUUGGAACCUGGAAGUUCUGAGGCCGCGAAACCAAAAUGCACUCUAGAAGAAAGACAACAGUUUAUGAAAGCAUUUAGGCAGCCCGAAUCAGAUGCACUGAAAAAUGGAGUCAAAAAGUCUGAUAAGCAGAAAGAAAUCAAUGAAAAAUCCUUAAGUGAGGAAGGAAGAGACAGUAAUUCUAGAAAAAUCAUGGAAAAUCCGAAUAUCCAAAUGGUUUCAGAUAAUGGCAGUUCACACACUGGGAAGGGACGUUCUCCUAAGGAGAAAAGUAAAAAGUCAAAGAAAAAGAAUAAAAAAACAUUAGCUACCGGCGCUGCUCCAGGUGAAAAUAGAGAGGGAAAUACUCAACAGAAAGAAACAACUUUUUCCUUUAAAGAGAAGCCAAGUCAAAACAGGCUUAGAAUGAGUUUAAGACAGAAGAAAACAGAAGUUUGCAAAAACGGCAUAUUAUUUAACAGUGGAAGCCUUGUUUGUGAAGAUGCAGUAAAUGAUGACCCUUUGAAGAUUUCCUCUCCAUAUGAUAGUAAGUCUUCAAAGAAAACCAGCCUGCCAGUUAAGGAUAAGGUGAUACACUCUAAAGCUGAAACCGAAGAUAGCUUGGUAGAUGUUUCCACACCCAAAUCAACCAGAAGAUCUGUAAGAAGUAGCAGCACGCCUCCUACAAUAAUCAUUAGAGGGACUGAUUCCAAAGAGUCCCAGGAUGAUAGUCUAGUAAAAGCUUCUACUCCCAAAGCAGCCAACUUAUCAGAAAAGCAUAGCUUAUAUACAGCGGAGUUAAUAACAAUACCCUCUGAUUCAGAGAGCCCUAUAAGAAUGAAAUUCACCAGAAUUAGUACUCCCAAAAAAUCUAAGAAAAAAUCUAAGAAAAGAUCUAAGAAAUCUGAAGCAGCUGAUGAAGAUUUUAUGACUCAGCCUAGAAAGGUAAGCAGUGCUUCAAAAAAUGUAUCAAAAGCAAAACAAUUGAUUGAAAAAGCAAAAGCUUUACGCAUUAGUAGGUCAAAAGCUACUGAAGAAAUGGUGACACCUUUAAGACGUUCAUCUAGACAUCAGACGCUUCCUGAAAGGUCAGAAACAGAGAACUCUAUAAUAAUAAUAGAUUCAAGUCCUACUUCUUUAAAGCAUCCUGAGAAAAAUCAGAAGAAACUUCAGUGUCUGAAUGAUGUGCUAGGAAAGAAACUUAACAAGACUUCUAAAAAAGUCCCUGGAAAAAUGAAAGUCGCACCUUUGUUUCUUACUAGAAAGACUCAAAAAGCAGCUGAUCCUGUCCUUGGUUUUGAUGAAAGCAGUCAAGAUGUGUCUGAAAAGUCUCAGGCCUGCGAUGUGCAGUUUAAAGCAAAGCGUGACUUUCUCAUGAGCGGUUUGCCAGAUUUGUUGAAACGACAAAUUGCAAAGAAAGCUGCUGCAUUAGGUGUGUACAAUGCAGUGAGUACCAGUUUCCAGAGAGUCAUUCAUGUUCAGCAAAAAGAUGAUGGGUGCCAUUUGUGGCAUUUGAAACCACCCACUUGUCCUCUCUUAACUAAACUUAAGGACCUGAAUACUCAAGUAAUAGAUCUCUCAAGAUGUGUUAUGGCUCUUGGCGAAUUUUCAACAUUGAAUUCAAAUUCAAAAAGUAAUAAUUCUGCUGUUAUGUUUAUGGGGAGGAGGAAAGAUUUGACUGAAGAAGUAAGAAAUCUUUUGCUGGAGGAAAUUAGGUGGUCAAAUCCCGAAUUUUCUUUGAGGAAAUACUUCCCUUUGCUUCUAAAAAAACGAACUGAGCACCAGGUACUUUCUGAGUGUCAUCCUAAACAAGAAAGCCCACAACUAGAGCUCAGUGCCAGUCGAAAAGAAACCAAAAGGAAACGAGUGGAAACGGAAAAUCAUAAAUCCAAAAGAAAGAAACCGAAUGAGUAUUCAGGAAGUCCAUUAAAGACAAUUGGGGAACCAGAAGAGCUUGGCAAAAGAAACAACUCCAGUGGGAUAAAGCUAGAUUCUUCCAAAGGUUUAUUUUCUAAAACAUCCAGGAAGAAACAAACUGCUUUGAGUACAAGGUGUAAAGUGGAAGCAGAAGCAGUAGAAGAUUCUGAUAUUUUGAUAAUAGAUGAUGGCAAAGAGUCUGCCUCAGAAGUGUCUUCUAUUCCAGAUUCUGGAACCGAAGACAUGCUUUGGACAGAAAAGUAUCAACCUCAGAACUCCAGUGAACUCAUAGGCAAUGAACUAGCUAUAAAAAAGCUACAUAGUUGGUUGAAGGACUGGAAAAGAAGAGCUGAAUUGGAAGAAAGACAAAAUUUGAAGGGGAAAAGAGAUGAGAAACAGGAAGAUCCAUUGGAUAGCAUAGAUUUCAAAGGCAGUUCUGAUGAUGAGGAAGAGACUCGUCUUUGCAAUACUGUUCUUAUAACAGGGCCAACAGGAGUGGGGAAAACUGCUGCAGUGUAUGCGUGCGCUCAGGAGCUGGGAUUUAAGAUAUUUGAAGUGAAUGCCUCUUCUCAGCGCAGUGGGAGACAAAUUCUGUCUCAACUGAAGGAAGCUACUCAGUCCCAUCAAGUAGACAAACAAGGUGUAAACUCACAAAAACCUUGUUUUUUUAAUAGUUACAACAUAGGCAAGUCACCAAAAAAAUUAAGCUCCCCCAGGAAGGUUGUUGUUACAUCACCAAGAAAGCUUCCUCCACCAUCACCACAAAGUAGUGGACCAAAGCGAGCACUUCCUCCUAAAACUUUAGCAAAUUAUUUUAAAGUGUCUUCUAAGCCAAAAAAUAAUGAGGAAAUAGGAGCAUUUCUGGAAAACAUUAAAGGAAUCAAAAAUUCUUUUGAACAGAAACAAAUCAUUCCGACUAAAUCUACAAACACAGGAACUUCAAAUGUCAAAGAGUUUGGGGCUGAGGAACCCAACAGGAAAAAUGCAACAUCUCUUAUUCUUUUUGAGGAGGUUGAUGUCAUUUUUGAAGAAGAUGCUGGAUUUUUGAAUGCAGUCAAAACGUUUAUGGCAACAACGAAAAGACCUGUAAUCCUUACUACAAGUGAUCCAACAUUUAGUUUAAUGUUUGAUGGCUGCUUUGAAGAAAUUAAUUUUAAUACUCCUUCACUGCUAAAUGUUGCCAGCUAUCUACAGACAAUCUGCUUGACUGAGAAUUUUAGAACUGAUAUAAAAGAUUUUGUAACAUUGUUAACUGCAAAUACUUGUGAUGUCAGAAAAAGUAUCCUUUACUUACAAUUCUGGAUUAGAAGUGGAGGUGGAUUUUUAGAAGAAAGGCCAUUAUCCUUUUGUCGAGGAAAUAGCAGAAAUGUACAACUUGUUUGCUCUGAAGAUGACCCUGAUUCCAAAAAUAACCCUAAAAAUACUAAAAGGAAUCCACCAGACCUUCCCAAAUGUGACACUGGCUGUGCUGAGACCUUGUUUGGCCUUAAGAACAUUUUCUCCCCAUCUGAAGACUUAUUUUCAUUUUUGAAGCACAAAAUCAGAACAAAGGAAGCAUGGCAUAAUCUCAUCCAGCUUCUUACAGAAUUCCAAAUGCGGAAUAUAGAUUUCUUAUAUAGUAAUCUUGAGUUCAUUCUCCCAUUACCUGUUGAUAUCAUUCCCGAAACAGAAAACUUUGGUGGUCCAUCUGUAAGUGUGGACACCAGUGAAGCAACACAAAAUAUGAAAUGUCUUGCUAGGAAACAUUCUGAAGGAGAGAAGCCAUUGAAAAAGUCCCAAAAAAAGAAACAUAAGAAAAAGAUGGUAAUUCUAGAUGAUAGUGACUUAUUUGACACCGAACUCAUCUUUUCGGAUGAAUUUAUUAACCUUUCCCCUGCAUCUUCUUCAAAUCCAGAAGAAAGCAAAGCCAGAGAUAAAGAAAGCAACCCAGAGACAAAGAAACUAAACAACUGUCUAGAGUCAAAUGCUGAGUCUAUUCCUCGCCCUAAAACACCCGCGGAAAAGCAAUGUUCUGCCCUUGUUUCUCACUGUCUCAGUUCUCUCACGGAGUUCGUGGACAACAUGUCCUUCUUAGAUGCCCUUGUAAGUGGCGUAAAGGACCAAAAGGAACGCGGUGAAAGUGAUUUUGGUUGGACAAGUGGAAAGCUCAAGAGUGGACUUUGCGAUGAGUUUAGUCUUGAGAGUAGAGAUGGAUGGACUCCUCAGAGCUCUGGAGAAUUAAAGGCAGCUGUAGAAGCCCUCAGCUUCACCAAGUGUUCUUCUACUAUUUCAAAAGCAUUGGAAACCUCCCUGAAUUCUUGCAGGAAAUUAGGAAGCGAUCCUACAAAAGAGCUUACUUUUUAUGUUUCACAAAAGCGCGGUAAUGAACGCUUUAGUCAGUCAGCAGUUAAUUUAGACAGUGCUUGGAAGAGGAUGGCAGUCAUCAAAAGUGUAUUUUCUAGCCGAUCUCUCCUGAACUUGGGUAAUAGACAAGCUGGUAUAACCGAAUAUUUGCCAACUCUUCGAAACAUCUGUAGGACUGAGAAGCUAAAAGAACAAGGGAAAAGCAAAAGAAGAUUCCUGCACUACCUUGAAGGAAUUCAUCUUAACAUUUCAAAAGAGACUAUGAACACUUUGGCAGCUGGCUUCCCUUAAUAUUCUGCAUUAACCAUGCCUUGUACAGAUUCCUAUGUGUGGCCCUUAGGAUACAUUUUUAUAUUGAGUUUCAUGGGAGAGUUUAUUUCUCUUAAUGUACAUUUUAAAAAGACUGUAUAUUUUUUAUUGGUAUGUAAAUAUUUAAAAUGGAAAAAAUCGUGUGACACAUUGUAUUUAUGAUAAUUGUGGUAGUUACUUCUUUUCUGAACUUUUUGUAUUAUUGGAUUUAGCUUUGUUGGACUCUUUAUAUGUAUGUGAGCUGUUUCUAGAAGAUAGAGUUCACUAAAUAUUUCUAAAGAUGUUUCAAGGCUAAACUUAGCCAUAAUUUUUCACUUUCCUGUUACCCUUCGUCCAGCUCUUUGAAAUAAGUUGACACAACACAAAAUACAAAAUAGCAAAUAUAAUCCAUAAGAAAACUUCCUAGAAAAGAAAUUAUUCAUCAUUUUUCAAAAAGUAAGAGCUUCCUGACAAAUUUAUUUUUAGUAUACUCAUCCAGCAUAUUUUACCAUGUGAAUCACUGAACACUGACAAGGUGAAAUCAAGAUUAUGAAUUGUAGUUUCCAUAAAUCUUUUUUAGCAGCCAUA